AUACCAAAUUCCAACGGCUAUCGGCAAGACAAAAAACUUGUGGCUUGAAGCUGAUAGCACAUAUUCUCCGAUAUCUACCUCGCUUGAUCAUUCAAAUAUAUUCACAUGUUAGCCAUAGCCAGGCUCUUUAACGUGUGAGUUCCUGAUUGCCUUGAGCAUAAUACAAUGCAUCUUGAAUCAGCAUUGCUGGACGCUCACCUCUGCAAUUCAGCUCCUAAACUCACGCCAAAUGGCUUCAAUCAAUCAAACCCCAACCUUAAGAAUCGGGGGAAGCUUCCCCAAUUUUUUUUCGCAAGCGACCGUGCAGCCCCUCGAAUAAGGGCCACAUUUGCCAAUCCACGCGUGAAAAAUUUCCACUAUUGUAACGUCAGAACCUCAGAGACGUCACAAUGUGGUUUUGUAGGAGACAGAGCCUCGAGAUCGGACAAGAUACUAGCGAGGAGUUUGCCAAGCACAGUGAACGCCGGCGCAAUGGCUGACUUGUACACAUUUAUACGCGGAGGGCCGCUGGUGGAGAAGACAGUGGAGGUGAGCGAAGACAAUAUUGGGGAGUGGCUCGAGUGCGGAAGCCGUGUUUGCCGGCUUUUAGGGUUUGAUGAGCAUCUUCUCACCCCCGAGCAGAAGGCGAGGGUUUUUCAUUAUUACGCGCCUGUCUAUCUCUGGUGCCAACGCCAAUUGUCGCAUCACAGGGACAAGUUUCAACAUGAUGGUCACUCACACAUUCCUCCCUUAGUCAUUGGUGUUAGUGCACCUCAGGGUAGUGGGAAGACAACACUUGUCUAUACUCUCGAUCAUCUUUUCAACGUUGCAGGCAGGAAAGCUGCCUCAAUCUCCAUUGAUGACUUCUAUUUGACAAGAGCUGAUCAGGCAAAGCUUGCAGCUGAAAAUGCAGGGAACGCCCUUUUGGAGCUACGGGGUAAUGCAGGAAGCCAUGAUUUAGCAUUUGGAACCGAUACUCUAAAGACCUUGUGUAGCUUGGUGGAAAAGGGUACAAAGGCAAAGGUACCUCGUUAUGAUAAGUCUGCUUAUAAUGGGCUGGGUGAUAGGGCAGAUCCUUCUACAUGGCCUGAAAUUGAAGGACCUUUGGAGGUAAUUUUUCUUGAGGGAUGGAUGCUUGGAUUUAAACCAUUACCAGAUGACACAGUAAAAUCAAUUGACCCACAGUUGGAGUCUGUAAACAGAAAUCUUGAAUCUUACUAUGAUGCGUGGGAGAAGUUCAUUGGCUCAUGGAUAGUUAUCGAAGUUGAUGAACCACAUUGGGUCUAUAAAUGGCGUCUACAGGCUGAGAUUGCAAUGAGAGAAGAAGGAAAGCCUGGAAUGUCUGAUGAACAGAUUGCAGAUUUUGUCUCGAGAUAUAUGCCGGCUUAUAAAGCAUAUCUACCUCCUAUGUACUCUGAUGGACCAUGUGGUUCAAAGCCUGAACAUACUCUUGUGGUCAAAAUUGAUGAACAUCGAAAUCCACUUAGUUGAAGUUGUUUGAAGUUAAUGCCAUUGGAUACAUCAUUGAAAACCAUUGUACAACGUUUCACCCCAGUAAAUGCUAAUCAGGGUUCAUGCUCAUGCUUGCCAGUAAAGUACUUGGUAUCAAAUAUCAUUGUGCAUAAUGGAGGCAAUAAUUUUUUUUAAUACAUGGAAUAUUUUUCAUUUUUUGAACA